AUGCCAUCGAACAAUCUGAAGGUGGAUCAUAGCUCACACUGCACCACUCCAUCCGACAUGAUCGAGCGGCCGGUCACCGUCAAAGUGGGCUGUCUUCACAUCAACCCAGCAUCCAAACGGGGUCGAAGAACAUUUUUUCUACAAAUGCUGAUCCUCGGCUUCGUGCCACACGUCGCCCUGAUAGCCCAGAACUGUGCGAUCAUCACACAGCUCUCCAGCACCUUGGACUCCUCGCUGUUUCUGAACUCUGAAGUAAUGGCGACCUUUCUGGCUGAGAGCACAGUGGUGACCUUACAGCAGGAGCGCUAUCAGAUCGUUAAUUACACAUUCACGGAUCAUUCUAACAGGGAAUUCAAGAAACUGCACUUCUUCAAGAGACUGACAGUAUACGAGGAAAUUAAUUCAGUAUUACUACUAUACUUAAUGAAGAAUUUAAAAUAUGCUACCACGUCGUUAUGGAGACAGCUCUCAGUCUGCUACGAGUUGCUCAAAGGAUUGGAAGAGCUGUCAUUAUCAUACGCGUCCAUGGUGGAACUGGGGACCGAUGCGUCAGACCUGGGUGUCAUCGUGUACUUCCAGAACCGCCAGCUGUCGGUCCUGGAACACCUGCAGAUCGCUCUCCAGUACCUGCACGUGGAGAAGAUGGCGAGGGAGUCGAGGGUUUUGGAAGAGGUUAUAGAUUACUACCAACAGAUAAAGGUCGCUACACAUUUAGACGCGAACGGCAUACAGACGUACACGAGUGAGGAAGUGGAGUCAUAUGCUGACCACACCCGCUUCUGCGUGGAACAGCUGAUGGUGGUGCAGGCCAGCUUGUGGAAUGUCGUCAGGGACACAGCGAGGUGGGAAAUCUGGUCUGCCAGGAGGACCCUGGGUAUCGGGAUAACGAUAUUAAGCAUCGUGCUGUUAGCUUCUCCUGUUCUUGUGCUGUUACUGAGACACACUGUGCAGACGAUAGAGACCUUCACACAAUCGAUCGAGCUGAGCACGCAGAAGCUGAUGGCCGAGAAGCAGAAGAGCGACUUGCUUCUCUCCAGAAUGCUUCCGGCCCCAGUGCUUCGGAGACUCCGGGCGCAGAGGACUGUGCCGGCGGAGUCCUACGAUGCUGUCACGAUAUUCUUUAGCGAUAUCGUCGGGUUCACUACCAUAUCGGCCACUAGUACACCGAUGGAGGUUAUAAAUAUGCUCAAUAUGUUGUACAGGUUGUUUGAUGAAAAAAUAAUGCAAUACAACGUCUACAAGGUGGAAACCAUUGGAGAUGCGUACAUGGUUGUGUCAGGGUUGCCGCAGAGAAACGGCAACCGCCACGCGUCAGAAAUAGCUGACAUGUCGCUGUCCCUAAUGCGAAGUCUGGAAGGCGCCAGGGUGCCACAUAGACCUGAUGAACUGCUCCGAGUGAGAGCUGGCGUGAACACCGGCCCCUGCGUGGCUGGUGUCGUGGGGACCACCAUGCCGAGAUACUGCCUCUUCGGGGACACCAUCAAUACUGCUAGCAGGAUGGAAAGUACGGGAGAAGCUAUGAAAAUUCACAUAUCAUACACGACAAAGAAGGCCUUGGACGAGAUAGGGAAUUACGAGAUUGAAUCCAGAGGAAUUAUGGAUGUAGCUGGUAAAGGCAGCAUGGAGACAUUCUGGCUUCUCGGCAAGAUCGGAAACUUUGAACACGAAAGCCCGCAGUGUCUCCGCCUUCACGACUACGAUAAGAACCUUCUGGAGCUUAUAAUAAGGUCCUAAAUAGCUUAGCGUAGGUAGAUACAAAUUUAACAGCCUUCUAGUCAUGUUAUUUACACCCGAUUGGAAAAAGGAGGGUAAAGUUCUUUCGAUAAUUCUUUGAAUUUGGAUUCUGAACAAUAACGACUAUGUACUUAAUGUAUUGCUAUUAAGUUUUAUAAUGCCUAAUGUUAACUAGUCACUAAUAAAGUAUUUGAUAUUAAAAUAAAAACAUUGUAAUGUUAAACUCUUGACUAAUUUCA